AUGGAUGAUUUGAAGCAGCGCAAGAUCAACAGUCUCGUGGAAGACCAGGAGACCUACAGAUUCCUUCUGGAGGACCUUCUCGAGCAAAAUCCAUCAGACACUGCUGGCAUUGCAGAUCUUCAAGCAACCAUCAAGAAACAUGAGGACGAGAUUGCAGAACUGCUGGGCACCGGCCCCAACACUUCGGGCUCCUCUUCUAACAGUGUACAAAAUGGUGUUAUGCCCCGAUCACCUCCCCGGGCAAACUCAAUCAGCCAACCUACUUCUUUGGAUUCUUCCCCUGCGGAUCCGGCGUCUGCCCCUUAUCAUCCCUCAACUGCCCCCUCGCCUUUUGAUACCGCUCGUACAGGUCAACCUGCACGGCCUUCUCUGCUGUCCCGACCUGAUGAAUCUCGUAAAAGACAGCGCCAAGAUUCCAUGAGCUCACCGGUCCAACGCCAAUCAUCGAAGAGGACGGCUGUGGACCGACACAAGUCUCGAUAUGAGGAACUGGAGGCAGAAAUGGAAAGCCAGUUGAAAGCCAGUCGAGAACUUUACGAAGACACCAAGGACCGUGACUCUGUCCAGCUACGGGCAGCAAAUGAAGGUAUUUCCAUCGAGCAGGUCUUAGAGGAAAUGGACAAGGAGCAGAAGGAAGAAGAGGAUGUUAUUCGCUCUCAAUUCCGGAUGGACAUGGACGAGGAAAUGGCGCGAAUGGUCCAAGCAGAGGAUGCAGCCAGUGAAAGCGAGGAUGAGUGGAGUCCCCCAGUGUACAGGAUUCCUGAUCGUACACUGCCACUCCCUUCGACACGUCCAUAUGCGGCUCCAUCAUACAUAGACCCACCGCCACAUCGUCGAUAUCCCGUGCCCACGCAGUUCGAUUACAACGCCUACAACCCUGCUCCCCCAGGUUCAUAUCCAUACCGGGAUGACGAUCUGCAAGAGAUUCCAAAGGAGUACUUCACCGCGCGUGUGCCGGGGUCCUCAUUCGGUACAUCCGUGUAUGGUCCGUCGGGAUUCAGUCCUUCGGGGCCAAUUACUCCUGCACUUGGUCCACCACGUUACACUCCCAUGUUUAGUGGUCCCAAUCCCCUCAUCCGUGGUCGGACUCUCCCGUGGAUGCACGAUCCCAACCCUGUUCCCGAGCUGGCGGCCAUCGACCUUCUCAGUGACAAUCCACUCGGACUGGAAGAUGCAGAUGACCUUGAGCGAUAUGAGGAGCAAAACUUCCCUCAGGAUAUCAAGAACCUGAUCACCGGUAUCAAGGAUAUCCGCGAAGCCACCAAGGCGGAGAAGGACGAGACGCCGGAGGGUCUAAGAGUUACACUCAUGAAGCACCAGAAGAUCGGUGUAGCAUGGAUGAAGGCGAAGGAAGAGAGUAACCACAAAGGUGGUAUUCUCGCCGAUGACAUGGGUCUCGGGAAGACGGUCCAGGCGAUUGCGCUGAUGGUCGCUAGACCUCCAACGGAUCCCGAACGGCAUCCAUCGUUGAUCGUCGCGCCAAAGGCAUUGAUGGAUCAGUGGAAGCGUGAGAUCCAGAGACAUGUCGAACCUGGAAAGCAUCAGCUUUCGGUUUUUAUCUACCAUGGUGCCAACCGUUCCGACUGGAGGAAACUGAAGUCUUACGACGUCGUCAUCACCACCUUCGGCACGCUUACCGCCAGCUUCAAGACACUGCUUAAAGCAGAAAAGCUUGAGGAGGAAGGCAAGGAUGCGAGCAUUGUCAGAGAGUGGCGCAAUAUGGCAACACUCUUCACACCAGUGAGCAAGUGGCAUCGCGUUAUUGUUGAUGAGGCACAGAAUAUCAAGAAUCCCUCGGCCAAGUCAAGCAAGGCAUGUUGCAGACUAAACGCAACAUACCGGUGGUGUCUUACGGGAACGCCAAUGAUGAACCGGCUUGAAGACUUCCAGUCACUGCUGUCUUUCCUGCGCAUCCGGCCGUAUAACAACAAGGAGAAAUUCAAGCGGGACUUCCGGGUGGUGAAAUCCGGCUUUGUGCCUGAGCCUGUCAUGCAGCAGCUGCGCAUCCUGGUCAAAUCGGUUUGUUUCCGCCGUACCAAGGCAUCCAAGAUUGAUGGGCAACCGAUUCUACAGCUUCCACCAAAGGUGAUUGAAAAGGUGCAUGUGGUCUUCGAUCAGAAAGAGCAGGAUAUCUACAAUGCACUUAACUCCCAAACGCAAGCCCAAAUUGAGAGACUUCUCAAUGCGGGUAUUCUGGGAAAGAAGUACAGCCAUGUCUUGGUGCUUCUGCUGCGGCUGCGGCAAGCUUGCUGUCACCCGCAUCUCAUGCAAGGAAUCAGUACCAAAAUCCCCACCGUCGAGGGUAGGGAUAUGGUGGCCAAUGCGAAGCUCCUGAGCUCGACGGUCGUGGAGCGGAUCAAGAACAACGCGGGCGGCGAGGAUGAAGGCACUUGCCCUAUCUGCAUGGAUAUCGUUGAGAAUGCUAUUAUCUACAUUCCUUGCGGUCACUCUGUCUGCACCGAAUGCUUUGCUCGAAUCUCCGAUCCCCAAAUCCUGGCCCGUGACGACGAUACGGGGAUGAUUAAGUGUCAGAACUGUCGUGGUCCAGUCGAUCCCCUCAAGAUCACCGACGGGGAUGCGUUCAAGAAGGUUUAUAACCCGGCCAGUGCAUCUGAGUCUACCGCAGCUGCAGAUGAAGAGGAGGGCCAGUCGGACGAUUCUGACUCGGAUGAUUGGGACUCGGACACAGAAACCGAGGGAUCAUCCGAUAGACCGAAGAAGAAGUCACUCGCUGAGCUCCGUCAGGAAGCCCAGAAGAACAAGCGUGCGAAGCACAGAUACCUUCGCCGCCUUGAGAAAUCAUGGAUCCCUAGCGCCAAGAUCACGAAAGCCGUUGAGAUUCUGGAGGAGAAUGAAACCCGCGGCAAGGAUGAGAAGACGAUUAUCUUCAGCCAGUUCACCUCCCUUCUUGAUCUUUUGGAAAUCCCGAUCGCCCGUAAGGGCUGGAAGUACGUCCGUUUCGAUGGCAGCAUGAACAUCACCGACCGCAAUGAAUCCGUUGCCACCUUCACGGAUGAUCCUGAGGUCAAGAUCAUGCUCGUCUCUCUCAAGGCCGGCAAUGCAGGUCUUAACCUCGUCGCUGCUUCCCACGUCAUCCUCUUUGACCCUUUCUGGAAUCCAUAUGUUGAGGACCAGGCCAUCGACCGUGCUCAUCGUAUCGGACAGACCAAGGAUGUCUUUGUGCACCGUUUGCUUAUCGAGAACACCGUCGAGGAUCGCAUUAUCCAUCUCCAGGAUCAGAAGCGCGAGCUCAUCAGCGGUGCCCUCGAUGAGGGUGGCUCGAUGAAUGUCUCCCGACUGGAUGUCCGGGAGCUUGCAUACCUUUUCGGAGUUCGUACCUAA